UCAUUACUUUUGCGCGGUAUCGCCUGGGCUACUGUCCACUCUUUUGUGAUUCCCUCCUUUGAAGUUACCUCUCCAAAAUCAAAUUCUUCUCCUUCUGUCUCUUCCAAUUCAAAUCCCCUAUUUCCCUUUUUAAUCCGGGAACCAAAUUAAGAUGCUUGAGUGGAAAUUCAAGUGAGCUUGUUCUUUGAUAUCUGAGAUGGAGUUCAGUUUGGGAUCAGUGGUCGUGCGAUUGGGAUUGAAUUCGGGACCUGAUGAAGCCCAUGUAGAUUCUAUAACUUUGUUUGUGGCUCUCCUUUGUGCUUGCAUUCUCAUCGGUCAUCUUCUUGAGAAGAAUAGAUGGAUGAACGAGUCAAUAACGGCCCUUUUCAUUGGUCUCUGUACUGGGCUUAUUAUCCUGCUAAUCACUAAAGGGAAAAGCUCUCGCCUUUUUCUAUUCAAUGAAGAGCUUUUCUUUAUAUAUGUUCUUCCACCUAUCAUAUUCAAUGCUGGGUUCCAGGUAAAAAAGAAGCAGUUUUUUCGAAACUUUAUGACAAUCAUAUUAUUUGGUGCUGUUGGGACUUUAAUAUCCUUUAUCAUCAUAUCAUUGGGCUCAGUGCAGUUAUUCAACAAAUUAAAUAUUGGUUUCUUGGACACGAGGGAUUAUCUAGCACUGGGAGCAAUUUUUUCAGCGACAGAUUCUGUUUGCACUCUGCAGGUGCUCAAUCAGGAAGAAACACCUUUGCUUUAUAGUCUAGUCUUUGGCGAAGGCGUGGUAAAUGAUGCCACCUCUGUUGUGCUCUUCAAUGCGAUUCAACGAUUUGACCUCUCCCACAUUAACUCGAGCACGGCUAUGCACCUAUUUGGCAAUUUCUUAUAUUUAUUUGCUACCAGCACGUUGCUUGGGUUGGCAGUUGGAUUAGUAAGUGCUUAUAUCAUAAAGAAGCUAUACUUUGGCAGGCACUCUACUGAUCGUGAAGUUGCUCUGAUGAUUCUCAUGGCUUAUCUUUCAUAUAUUAUGUCUGAAUUGUUCGAUUUAAGUGCCAUUCUCACCGUGUUCUUCUGUGGGAUUGUCAUGUCACACUACACCUGGCAUAAUGUGACUGAAAGUUCAAGAGUCACUACCAAACACACUUUUGCAACAUUGUCAUUUAUUGCUGAAAUUUUCAUCUUCCUAUAUGUUGGUAUGGACGCCUUGGACAUUGAGAAGUGGAAAUUUGUGAGCAAGAGUCCUGGCACAUCAAUUGGUGUGAGUUCAAUACUUCUUGGCCUAGUAUUGGUUGGAAGAGCUGCUUUUAUAUUUCCUUUGUCCUUUGUAUCCAAUUUGACCAGGAAGUCUCAAAGUGACAAAAUUGGAUUGAAGCAGCAGGUUGUGAUGUGGUGGGCUGGGCUCAUGCGAGGAGCUGUAUCUAUGGCACUCGCUUAUAAUCAGUUUACCAAGUCAGGGCAUACUCAACUGCCAGGAAAUGCGUUCAUGAUAACCAGCACCAUUUCAGUUGUUCUUUUCAGUACUGUGGUAUUUGGAUUAUUAACCAAGACUCUAAUAAAGGUGUUGUUACCGAAGACACACUCGAGCAAUGCAGUAAUUUCUGAGUUAGCAGAUUCAGUUGAUUCAAAGUCUCUUGCUUUACCACUUCUUAGUAGUAGUCGAGGGAAAGAAAGAGAAUCGGAAGUGGGUAGGGAUAGGGAUAAUAUUCCCCGUCCCACAAGUCUACGCAUGCUCCUGUCGACCCCAACGCAUACUGUCCAUUACUAUUGGCGGAAAUUUGAUGAUGCCAUCAUGCGUCCAGUGUUCGGCGGACGAGGAUUUACCCCGCAUGUUCCUGGCUCACCAACAGAAGGCUAUCUUCGUUGACAGUAUCUAAGGAGGAAGAAGAAGAAGAAGAUGAUGAAACAACACUGUGAAAAGUUAAAUUACGUAUAAGAUUAAAGAGAUCACAAUACUUGCAUGUUUCAUCCUUCCACACUGAAUGCUUUUCCGCUGGCAUUUGCUUACGAGGAGGACAAUGUUUCGUGGGUGAUAAUGGUUAGUUCUAUAUGUGAUUAUUAUUAUUAUUAUUAUGUAAAGCUUCAUAGAUAUAAGCUUUUUCAUUCGGUUAA